AUGGCCCUUAAGCUGUCGAUUGCAGUUUUCCUCCUGCGCCUUUCAAAUUUGCCAAUGCACCGCUACAUCAUUCUCGGUACUCUCGUGGUGUGCGAAAUUGGAGGCAUCUUUUAUUUCCUCGUCUUCAUCUUCCAAUGUCAGCCUUCCAACUAUUUCUGGACGAAGUAUACGGGUGGAACAGGGAAGUGUAUAAAUGCAAAUAUCCCGGUCGAUGCGGGAUAUGCAUAUAGUGCUAUUACAUGCGCUACCGACUGGAUUUUGAGUCUCAUUCCGAUUUGGGUGGUAUGGAAUUUACAGAUGACGCCGAGAGAUAAGAUCAGUGUAGCUAUAAUUCUAGCUAUGGGUGCUGUUGCCUCAACCGCAACCAUAAUCCGGAUCCCUUACCUGCACGACCUCUCCAACAUCGCUGAUUUCCUCUUCGCGACCGUCGAUAUAGCUAUCUGGUCUACUGCAGAAACAGGUAUCGGCAUCACAGCCUGCUCAGUUGCCACUCUACGCCCUCUCUUCCGCAGUUUCUUUGCACGAACCAAAAUGUUCGGUAGCUCGACAAAAGGACCUAGCAAUCCGAGUAACGCCUGGGGCGGCUACGGAGAUACCAAAGGUAGUGGAUAUAUCAAGCAAAAGAGCCUCAACGAUGGAGGAUCUAGAAUUGCCAGCUCAGGGGAAGAUGUCGAGGAUUUUAAACUCAGAGAUGAUAUACCUUUGCAUUCGGGCGUCACGACUACAAUCGUCACUGGGAAACAGAAGGGUACUGAUUUUUUCGACGAUACUUCAGAUGAUAGUUCGCAACGACAUGAUGAUCGAAAAGCACAUGAUAUUGAUUUGGAACUGGGGCACGAGAGAGAUUCGCGAGCGCAGGAUUUAAAGGGGAGAGUGCAUAGUAAACGCAUUUCUAAACAUGCGGCUAAAUGGAGUGGAGGAAAAGGAAGAAUUAGAGAUACGAGUGAUGCGAGGAGUUUGAGUAGUGAAGAGGAUCCCUCUUGGGGUAUGGGGAUUACGAAAACGAUUAAUACUAAGAUUAGUAGUGUGCGGAUGAGUAGAGUGGGUGGAGGGAAGGGAUAA